CAGCAAGAAAUCAUGAAGUCAUCCCUGCUGAUGGUUCUUGUCCUCGGUGCCUGCUACUUUUUGCCGAGCUGCCACAGUGCACCCACGUUCCUUCGCUGGGUCGCGCUCAGAAAAUUUCUUGGUGGGGAGUUUCUGAAGCUGGGACGGCUUGCGCAGCGCCUUGACCAGGACGCGGCAUCACUGACUACCAGCAAUGGCAUUCCCUACUGCGGCAUCUGCAAGCUGUCCACAACCGCGGUACGAGGGUACUUACACGAAGGCUUGCCGGAGUCUGUCAUUACCGCCUUGCUGCGAGAAGGCUGCGGAACCCUGGGCAUCGAAACUCCUCGCGUGUGUGCAGGUCUCGUCCAGCUCUUCAAGGAUGAGUUCUUCUACGUGCUUGGGCACACUACAAUGACUCCGGCCGAGAUUUGCGGCAUAGUCUUCCCAGACGAGUGUCCACCCAGCGGUGUCCUUAACUGGACAGUCCCGUUGCCAGCGAGGCCCAAGCCCCCCGUGACGCCCGUGCCGCUGCCAAAGGUAGGGUCGCCGACGCUACGCGUGCUGCACAUCAGCGACACGCAUGUGGACCCUAGUUACAGCGAAGGUAGCGAGGCGAACUGCAACGAACCUCUGUGCUGCCACGCUGCGGACGUGCCCGCGGCAAAGCAGCAGCGACGGAUUGCGGGCCACUGGGGAGCCUUCCACACCUGUGAUAUUCCACCGAGGACGUUCGAGCACAUGCUCAAGACGGUCAGGGACACUCAAAAGAUUGACUAUGUCAUCUGGACGGGUGACAUGGUGGCACACGACAUAUGGAACACGUCACGAUUGUGCAACCUGGGCAUUAUGGAAUACACAGUGAAGGCCAUCGAGAAAUACCUGCCAGGUGUUCCAGUCUACCCAGCACUUGGCAAUCACGAAGGACAGCCUGUGGACAGCUUCCCUAUACCAGCAGUGAAGGGCAACCGGUCUGUGGAUUGGCUCUACACAGCUCUGGCUUCACAGUGGUCCCAGUGGCUGCCUCCAUCAGCCACCUUGACUAUGAAAAGAGGUGCCUUCUACGCUGUUACACCAUUUCCUGGAUUGAAGAUCAUUUCUCUCAACAUGAACUACUGCAACACCCUGAACUGGUGGCUUCUGCUGGAUCCAAGAGACCCCGCCGAACAGCUGGCUUUUCUCGUUAAUGAGCUUCAGGAGUCCGAGAUGAAAGGCCAAAAAGUGCACAUCAUCGGCCAUAUUCCGCCUGGACAGGAGGACUGCCUGACUGUCUGGAGCGACAACUACAACCGUAUUAUCGAGCGGUUUGAGUCAACGGUGCGGGGCCAGUUUUUCGGGCACACGCACACCGACGAGCUCGAGGUCUUCUACGAGUCCGUUGGUGAGCAGCACUCGGCGAAGAGGCCAUAUGCGGUGGCCUACGUGGCGCCUAGUGCUACAACCUUCAACUCCGGGAACCCGGCCUUCCGCGUGUAUGUCGUCGACGGAAACUACAACAACAGCACUUGGGCUGUGCUGGACCACGAAACGUACGUGAUGAACUUGACCGAGGCGAACGCGGACCCUACGCGGGAACCUCGCUGGCAUCUGGAGUACGCGGCAAAGGCCGAGUAUGCUAUGCACUCGCUUGAAGCAAGCCAAUGGGACAACCUGCUGGACAGGAUGGAAGUCGACGACGAGUUAUUUCAGAAGUUCUAUAAGUUCUACAGCAAAGAGGACCCCACUGCGAAGCCAUGCACCGCCACCUGCCGGAAAAACUUCAUAUGCAAGCAACGCACAUCCAAGUCGGCCGACUUCAACGCUUGUCAAUAGCACCUAGUUAUGCAUCUAAGAAGUAUUUGUGUAACCACAUGCUAAUUCAAUGUCUUGUCUUGUAAAUGUGUACUAUGUGAGCCUAGCUUGCUUUGGGCGAGUACAACCAUAAAUAUAGCAUGAAAUUUAUCUGACUG